CGCCGGGCCCGGGCAGCCUCACUGGGCAUGCUCAGUAGCCGGGGCAGGUUUUUUGGUCGCAAGUAGGAAGCUUUUUGCACUACACCGGAGAGGGAGCCACGGAGCCAGCCGCGCCGCCGUGCACCGCCGCCGCGCCUGCCCCAGCCUGGCCCCGCGGCGGGGCGCGAUGAGCCCGAGCCCGUCCGCCGGGGAGUGAGCGGAGGGCGCGUUGCGCAGCUGCUCCUGCGCACAACCCCGCCGCGGCCGCCGGCCCGCACUGGCAGUGAGUGUGAGAGGCUCGUCCGUGCUGAGCUCCCGGCGCCGGGAGCUGGAGCAGGAAGCGCAGGCCACGCAGGGACCCAACUGAAACAAAGUGUCGGCCGCCCGGCGGCGGCGUUGCCUCGCCCCAACCCUGCCCCUCCCGCCUGCCCGCAACUCCGCUGCCCACCAUGGCUUCCGAGGAGCUGUACGAGGUUGAAAGGAUUGUUGACAAAAGGAAAAACAAAAAAGGGAAGACAGAAUAUUUGGUUCGGUGGAAAGGCUAUGAGAGUGAGGACGACACUUGGGAACCAGAACAGCAUCUUGUGAACUGUGAGGAAUAUAUUCAUGAUUUUAAUAGACACCACACUGAAAAGCAGAAGGAAAGCACAUUAACCAGAACAAAUAGGACCUCCCCAAACAACGCUAGGAAACAGAUUUCCAGAUCCACCAACAGCAACUUUUCUAAGACCUCUCCCAAAUCACUAGUGAUCGGUAAAGACCACGAAUCCAAAAACAGUCAGUUAUUUGCCGCCAGCCAGAAGUUCAGGAAAAACACAGCUCCAUCUCUCUCAAACCGGAAGAACAUGGACCUCGCAAAAUCAGGUAUAAAAAUCCUUGUGCCUAAGAGUCCCAUUAAGAGCAGGACCGCAGUGGACGGCUUUCAGAGUGAGAGCCCCGAGAAACUGGACCCCGUUGAUCAGGCUCAGGAGGACACAGUCGCGCCUGAAGUGACAGCCGAAAAGCCUGUCGGAGCUUUAUUGGGCCCUGGCGCAGAGCGAGCAAGAAUGGGGAGCAGACCCCGAAUACACCCACUAGUGCCUCAGGUGCCUGGCACCGUGACUGCAGCCAUGGCCACGGGAUUAGCCGUUAACGGAAAAGGUACAUCUCCGUUCAUGGAUGCGCUAACAGCCAAUGGAACAACCAACAUACAGACAUCUGUGACAGGAGUGACAGCUGGGAAAAGGAAAUUUCUUGAUGAGAGAAGAGACCAGCCUUUUGACAAGCGGUUGCGUUUCAGUGUGAGGCAAACAGAAAGUGCCUACAGAUACAGAGAUAUUGUCGUCAGGAAGCAGGAUGGCUUCACCCACAUCUUGUUAUCAACAAAGUCAUCAGAGAAUAACUCACUAAAUCCAGAGGUAAUGAAAGAAGUCCAGAGUGCCCUGAGCACGGCUGCGGCCGAUGACAGCAAGCUCGUGCUGCUCAGCGCGGUGGGCAGUGUCUUCUGCUGUGGUCUCGACUUUAUUUAUUUUAUACGGCGUUUAACAGAUGACAGAAAAAGAGAAAGCACUAAAAUGGCAGAAGCUAUCAGAAACUUCGUGAAUACUUUCAUUCAGUUUAAGAAGCCUAUUAUUGUAGCAGUAAAUGGCCCAGCCAUUGGACUAGGAGCAUCCAUAUUGCCUCUUUGUGAUGUGGUUUGGGCCAAUGAAAAGGCUUGGUUUCAAACACCCUAUACUACCUUCGGACAGAGUCCAGAUGGCUGUUCCACCGUUAUGUUUCCCAAGAUUAUGGGAGGAGCAUCUGCGAAUGAAAUGUUGCUUAGUGGCCGGAAGCUGACAGCACAGGAGGCCUGCGGCAAAGGCCUGGUCUCACAGGUAUUCUGGCCCGGGACCUUCACCCAAGAAGUCAUGGUUCGCAUUAAGGAGCUUGCCUCGUGUAACCCAGUGGUACUUGAAGAGUCCAAAGCCCUUGUGCGCUGUAACAUGAAGGUGGAGCUGGAGCAGGCCAAUGAGAGGGAGUGUGAAGUGCUGAAGAAGAUCUGGGGCUCUGCCCAGGGUAUGGACUCCAUGCUGAAAUACCUGCAGAGGAAGAUCGAUGAGUUCUGACGGGCAGGCUGCCUGCCGAUGACACUGGGAUUGUGGAGCAGGACGCCUGUGGCUCCGAGCUGCCCUGAUCCACCCUCACGGCCUAACACACGUUCACUCUUAGCUCACGCUUGGAAGCUAGACUUGAAACAUCCAAGCUAUUUAUUAUUGAGGAGUUUUUAAGUACUGUAACUCUAAAAUAAAUACAAAACUCCUUUGUCCAAACAAAAUUAUUUUGUACUUAAUAUACACACAAACAUGAAAGUAUAAUGGUGAGCUCUAGACUGCUCUUUAAAAGCUCUAGUUUUUGUUAUGUUUGGCUUGUACUGUAUAAAAAAAAGAGUGUUUUACUGGUUUGGGAUGGCAAAAAAGUCUGGGAUAAUGUUUUCCUUAUUUUUUCCUUUUAGAACAGACUCUAAAGAGGUACUAGCUGGCCUCACCUCCCUGUCUCUAACAGAUAUAGAAAGAUCUGAGAUGUGCCUUUGUCUCCAAGAAGGUACAGGUACCUCAGAGGUGGAAAAUUCUAAAUUAAAAGUAAGACUUAUCUUUUAGGAUAACCAUUUCUGAUGAAAAAUCCACCGAUGAACAUAUCCCCAAACUAAAGUAAGUUUAGGAUUCAUGCUGAAAAAUCAACUGAUUCUUCAUUCGUUUUUAAUAUGUCUGGUUCUUACCCAGUUAACAUGAAGAAACCACUGUCUCUCUAGAAGAAAGCUUGUUUUGCAGUAUUAGUGAAUCACUGAAUAGCUUAAGUAUGAGUAUCUAAGUUAUAAGUUAGUUUUAGUGGGUUUUAAUAGUUUUUCUGAACUUUUUGAGAAAAUAACUACAAUGCUUCUUGUUGCUGGGUGAGAAUUACUACUUUAUAUACAGUUUUGGUUUUCUAUCUGCAGAUGUGAUUGAUGUAUUACACCAAAAAAAGUAUUUUUAUGUUUAUAAAGUGUAAUUUUUAGGUUCACUUAGAAUAUAUGUUAUUUAAUAAGUUAAAAUUCUUUUGGCACACUAUUAAAUGCAGAAACUCCUUUUUAAAAAAAAGAACUACCUUAUAUUCGACUUUUAAUGUUCUUGCUCUCUGCUUUCCUGUCCACACAAUAUAUUCUGAGUACACUAUGGUGUCCGAGAGUGCCCUGUGUAAAUAGACAUUCGCAUUCCUUUCAGGAGUGGGGACUGAUUCUUGAUUCCAGAUGCCUGUUGUUAGGCUUCUGAGCUUGCAAUCAUAUUGAAUGUAUGAAGAAUGAAAUAAAAUCAGAACCUUAUUUUUGUACAGUUUUGAAGUUUAUACGUAGAACCGACCACCUCCUAGCUGCGUGGAGAGCUGUACAGUGUGUAAAUCUGCCUUUACCUUGGAUUGGUUGGUGCAGUAUUUUUGCAUCUGUGGGACCUACUUUUUCGUUCAGUAGUUUGAAAUAUAUAUAUAAACUGUACAAUCUGUAAAGUUUUUAUAGAAUAAAAUAUUCAGCUGUGAAAACUGGUUAAAUAAAACUAAUAUUUCUUAACACAUUU